CAAGGCGUGAUUUUUUUCGAGGCACGUUGGCUUCCAUCUUUUGUUUUCCUACCUCCGUGAAAAGGAGAGUUCACCGAUAAAAAUGUCAACAAAUGCGCAUGUGAUUCUUGUAAAAAGACCGGGUACCAAUGGAACUCCAACAGCUGACAACUUUGGUUUUGAAGAGUGUCCUUUCCCUGCAGAGCUAGAAGCAGGGGAGAUCCUAAUCAAAACUCUAUAUUUGUCUGUAGACCCAGCCCUGAGGUGUAGAAUGAAUGAAGACACAGGUGUACAUUAUGUGACUCCAUGGGAGAUCGGUAAAGAAAUUGGGGGAUUUAUUGGGGUGGGGCAAGUCAUCAAGAGUUCAGAUCCAGCAUUUUCCCCAGGGGACAUUGUGGAGGCUCAGGCUGCAUGGCCCUGGGUUGCACUUUUCAAACGCAAACAAGAGGAACAAAAUCCACUCAGAAAGGUAGAUACUUCUUUGCUGGGAGGAAAACUGACACUACCCCUCACAGUUCUUGGCUUGAUUGGACUCACCUCGUACUUAGGUAUCAAAGAAAAGGGUGGCAUUAAACCGAGUCAGAACCAAACCCUCGUGGUCAGUGGGGCAGCAGGUGCUUGUGGCUCUGUAGCUGGACAGCUAGGGAGACUUGAAGGCUGUACAAGAGUGGUUGGAAUUUGUGGUUCAAAUGAGAAAUGUCAAUUCCUGACACAGGAGCUAGGUUUUGAUGGAGCCAUCAACUACAAGACUGAAAAUGUUAAAGAAAGGCUGGCAGCACUGUGUCCAGACGGAGUUGAUGUCUAUUUUGAUAACGUUGGAGCGGAGAUGAGUGAUACUGUAAUAAGUCAGAUGAACAAGAAUUCAAAUGUGAUACUAUGUGGUCAAAUAGCUGUAUAUAACAAAGAUGUACCUUAUCCACCUCCAAUACCAGAGAGCACUGAAACCAGAAUAAAGGAUAUGAAUAUAAAUAGGACAAGAUUUUUAGUGUUGAAUUAUGCAGAUAAGUUUGAGGAAGCAAUGACGAAGCUUGCUGAAUUAGUUUUAUCUGGGAAAAUAAAGGUAAGAGAAACAACUAUGGAGGGCUUAGAAAAUACAGGAAAAGCUUUUGUGUCCAUGAUGAAUGGAGGAAACAUUGGUAAGCAGAUUGUCCAUGUGGCUGAUCCCUCCUAAAAGUGUACAUCUCUCCAGCCAUGAUACAGGGGACACACCACUUAGUAUCAUGCAGGGCUUGUUAUAGUUUACUUGGAUGACUGAUGAUCAACUUCAUACCUCAUAAAUGACAAUCAUUGUGAUGUGAUACAUAAACAUACAUUGUUAAGCAUUAUUUUUUUUGACAAGUAAUUGUUCAAAUGUUUUAUAAUACAAAAAUAAAUUCUUUAAAAUAAG